CCGUUGUGGGGGCAACAUGGCAACCACGGCCCCGCCGAAGGUUCCCGAAGUGCGCGAUGUCACACGGAUCGAGCGGAUCGGAGCCCACUCCCACAUCAGAGGCCUCGGCUUGGAUGAUGCCCUGGAGCCGCGACAGGUGUCCCAGGGCAUGGUGGGUCAGCUGGCAGCACGGCGGGCCGCCGGCGUGAUCCUAGAGAUGAUCCGCGAGGGGAAGAUCGCGGGCCGGGCCGUCCUCAUCGCCGGUCAGCCGGGGACCGGCAAGACUGCUAUCGCCAUGGGCAUGGCCCAAGCCCUGGGCCCAGAUACUCCGUUCACAGCCAUCGCCGGCAGUGAAAUUUUCUCCCUGGAGAUGAGCAAGACGGAGGCCCUGACUCAGGCGUUCCGGCGCUCCAUCGGGGUUCGCAUCAAGGAAGAGACCGAGAUCAUUGAGGGCGAAGUGGUGGAGAUCCAGAUUGACCGACCAGCCUCCGGCACUGGUGCCAAAGUGGGGAAGCUGACGUUGAAGACGACAGAGAUGGAAACGAUCUACGAUCUGGGCACCAAGAUGAUCGAGUCGCUCACCAAGGAGAAGGUCCAGGCCGGGGACGUGAUCACCAUCGACAAAGCAACAGGCAAGAUCUCCAAGUUGGGCCGCUCCUUCACCCGUGCCCGGGACUAUGACGCCAUGGGCUCCCAGACCAAGUUUGUGCAGUGCCCAGAUGGGGAGCUGCAGAAACGGAAGGAGGUGGUGCAUACUGUGUCCUUGCACGAGAUUGACGUCAUCAACUCCCGGACCCAGGGCUUCCUGGCCCUCUUCUCUGGUGACACGGGCGAGAUCAAGUCGGAGGUGCGGGAGCAGAUCAAUGCCAAGGUGGCGGAGUGGAGAGAGGAGGGCAAGGCCGACAUCAUCCCCGGGGUGCUGUUCAUCGACGAGGUCCACAUGCUGGACAUCGAGAGCUUCUCUUUCCUGAACCGCGCGCUGGAGAGCGACAUGGCCCCCGUCCUCAUCAUGGCCACCAACCGUGGCAUCACCCGGAUCCGGGGCACUUCCUACCAGAGCCCCCACGGCAUCCCCAUCGACCUGCUGGACCGCCUCCUCAUCGUGUCCACCACCCCCUACAGCGAGAAGGACACCAAGCAGAUCCUCAAGAUCCGAUGUGAGGAGGAAGAUGUGGAGAUGAGCGAGGACGCCUACACGGUGCUGACCCGCAUCGGCCUGGAGACCUCCCUGCGGUACGCCAUCCAGCUUAUCACCGCCGCCAGCCUGGUCUGCCGCAAGCGCAAGGGCACAGAAGUGCAGGUGGACGAUAUCAAGCGCGUGUAUUCACUCUUCCUGGACGAGUCGCGUUCCACACAGUACAUGAAGGAGUACCAAGAUGCCUUCCUCUUCAAUGAGCUCAAAGGAGAGACCAUGGACACUUCAUGAGCUGGCACCUUCGGCUGGAAUCCUUCCUCCCCGUCUGCUAGAGUCUGUCUGUCCGACCCUCUCCGUCCCCUCCCUGCCCCUCCAUCUGUCAUAUUUUUUUUUUUUAACCCAGUAUCGAGGGACUGUGAAUUUUUAUAAAAUGGUUCUCAAAGUA